CCUCACUUUAUGCUAUCUUUGAAUCGCGCACUCUCUGACACUUGUUGGAGAUCCAUGUGUUUGCAAGAGUCGCUCUGCAGUUAACCGGCAAAUGAAGAAGGGGAUACAUUCGGUGACACAGGUGCUGUGAACUUUCGUCUAGUUGGUGGAUAUUAAGGACGCCGCGAACCCGAACACUACACGGAGGGACUCAGUGGUCAGUGUCCACAGUCAGAAACUCUCCCCCGGGCUGCAGGCGUGCACGCGCUCCACCUGCUCCCUGAGAGCCGAGUGACCGACAGGACGGACAGACAUGGGGAAGCAAAACAGCAAGCUCCGCCCCGAGGUGAUGCAGGACCUCCUGGAAAGCACCGACUUCACCGAGCACGAGAUCCAGGAGUGGUACAAGGGCUUCCUGAGGGACUGCCCCAGCGGGAACCUCUCCAUGGAGGAGUUCAAGAAGAUCUACGGCAACUUCUUCCCCUACGGAGACGCCUCCAAGUUCGCCGAGCACGUCUUCCGCACGUUCGAUGCCAAUGGCGACGGGACGAUAGACUUUCGGGAGUUCAUCAUCGCACUGAGCGUGACUUCGCGCGGCAAGCUGGAGCAGAAGCUGAAAUGGGCAUUCAGCAUGUACGAUCUGGACGGAAACGGGUACAUCAGCAAAGCCGAGAUGCUGGAGAUUGUGCAGGCCAUCUAUAAGAUGGUGUCCUCCGUGAUGAAGAUGCCCGAGGACGAGUCGACGCCUGAGAAGAGGACAGAGAAGAUCUUCCGGCAGAUGGACACAAACAGAGACGGUAAGCUGUCUCUGGAGGAGUUCAUCAAGGGGGCGAAGAGCGACCCCUCCAUCGUCCGCCUGUUGCAGUGCGACCCCAGCAGCGCCGGACAGUUCUAAUACCUGAGGGCAUCAACACAACCUGUGCUUCUUUUGAGGGACUCCACAUGCCCCGAAUUCUCCACCCAGACUGGAGCAGACUGACGAUGAAGAAUGACCAGCGUAUGAAGAUGAAGACGACAUGCCUUCAACUUGCACUGAGGAUAUCAAGGAUGGGCACAGGAGCCAAAUCCCCCCCUCCCCCCCUCCCCUUUUACGCUGUUCAUCAAAACCCUCCAAACCUCACUGAUUGUAGUUGACCAGGAUCCCUCAGUCCUCCUAUCGGCAUGUCAGAGUAUAGAGAAGGGCGGGCAGUAGGUUGUGUAUAUACAGUUCAAAGUGGAGUCUCUGUAUCCCUGUCUUUGAUUGGUUCUCCAGUUGGGGCGACACAGAGCCUCUGUCUCCUUAAUGUGUACCAUAGUCAGAGUGUGUGCAUGAGACACCAUGAGAGGGACAGAGUGGUGUUGAGUAAGAGGACGUACUGUAGGUGAGAUUAAUCUGCAGAGAGGAUGGUGAAGUUUGUCCUUCACGUAGAGCAAUUACUGCUUUUUUUAUUUUCCUUUCCUCUUUUCUACUGUGAGAAAGUGUUUGUGUUAUGUUACAAACUCAAUAGACUUUUUUUUUUUGUGCUGGGACAAAAUGACAUGUAAUAUGUAAUAGUAUGCUAUCAUGGAUAAGUGCCCUCACAGUAGUUUAGGUUUUAGUGUCACCGAUUUAAUGAAGAAUGAAAGGCGUUCUUUUAUCCACCAUCAGUUCCAGUGAUUUUUUUCAUACCAGCAAGAAUGUGACGGGGAGCUUUUGAAAUGUGUCGGUGUGUUACUGUGCUCUAGCUUCAGGAGAGUAGAGGAGGAGUCUUCAAAGUAUUUCAGUACAGUGUAGAUAUAUUAAAAGCACCUAAAUUUGUAAAGCUUUGGAUUGCCCAGCUCAUAACAGACGUGGUGAAAAGAUGUCAAGCAUGCAAACCACACAUUAACCGCGACACUCGUCUUCACGGUCACCUUCAAAUGUUUUUAAAUACAGCAUGUCAAACAGUCGGGUGUAGGGGUGGAAGACUAAGCAACACGUAUGCAUGUGACUUCUGCGCAUGUGUGUUUCGAAUGCGUGUGAGAGGCUGAGCGGACCGCCGGUCCGGCCCUGAGCCCACUUCCUGUACGUUGGUGUCGUAGUCAGUGAGUGACAGCCAAAGGCGGCAUCCCUGAUGGUGAACGUGGAAAGCGUCAUGCUGGGGACACAAGGAGACUUUACCAAUGGGCCACCACGCACAGAGGACCUGUACGUUUAGAAGACACGCGGCCUAGUGGGGAUGCUGAGUAGUCAGAACCGGGAGCUUCUUUUUUUUCCUUUUUCAGUUGAGCUCAACGUUUAAAUCACCAAUUGUGCACACUGAGGAGUGUAUUAUUUAGCAGCACACUUCCUAUCAACUACAGUAUGCCGUUUUCAGUACCAAGUGAGGUAAAGCACGCAGCAGUGUAGGGAGGCCCAUUAACGCAACGGAAGGAUUCCAUUGGCUUCAUAUUUUGGUCUUCCUUUCCCUCCCUCCUUCUCCCCAACACUAAUCUGUCACAGGAAAAAAAGAAGCUCUCCCUGUUUUUAAGAAAGUUCCACUUUGACUUGUGUGACCCCCCCCCUCUAAAUGUACCGAAGCCCCUUCCGGACAGUCCUCUCAGUCAUCCAUCAGUUUUCAAUUAGAAAAGCUGCUGUUUUUUUGUAAAGGGAAAAAUGCAAAGAAACAACACAGAUAAUUACAACUACUACAAUGAUACUGUCACCAUGUGUUGCUUUUAUUGUACUUUUAUGUUUUUUUUAUUUUUUAAAGAUAAAAAAUAAGAUAAAAAAAGCAAAGUCAAGUGUAAUAUUUCCGGUAAAACACAAAAUAGCAUCUUGUGGUCAAGUGCCAAAUAAAAACAAAACAGUAUUGUAAAACUUUAUACUGUACAAUUAUCUGUUGAACAAAAUGUUUGUAAUUGUUGCAUUUUGUAGGUUUUGUAUGGUAUCUUGUAUUUAGUGACUGUGGAACACAAGAUUCUGUAUUUUGGUCAACUUUUAAAAGCAAGAAUUAAAUUUACAAUGUAUUGUCUGCAA